AUGCUGGACCUACUUCUCAAUAAGCGUAUCCAACAACGUCCCACGUAUACGCGAGUUUCGCAAUACGUUACAGCAAAGAUUCGACACGGCAUGACAUGGGUACCCCCGCAAACGCCAGUCGUUCAUGGUGACGGUCUCUACGAGUUCUUCGGACACCGAGAAAUGGUUCAGAAGCCCGCCAGCAUUGUCACAGUGUUGAGUUGGCAGAAAGAUACUCCGCCGACCUAUGAGAUCGACAUUGGGGCCGCACAAGGGGUGGAAGUUGGAGCCAUCUACGCCGUGUACUCAGCUUGUCCAAGGGCAUCGCUUCGAGGCCAGGGCGAAAACGAGACUGCAUUCCUCGCACGGAUUUGCAUCACGGAGAAACGCAUGUUCCGUUCAACUGGAAAGCUUCUUGAAGGCAACGCGACAGGCAUCAAAAAGGGCGAUUUCGCCGUCAUAGAGGCUUGGGCCCUUCCGCCACCGACGCCUAUCGUCAGGCUCCUACCUGCCGCUAGAAGCCCAGACGUAAGGGCGGAACUAGAACGAGCCCUCAAAGGAACCCUUCUCCUCAACUUGCCCAACCAAGAUCCAGUCAACUGCAAAUUCACCGUGUCAGUCAGCAAGGCGGAUAUCGAGAUCCGUAAUGGCCGGAAUAUCCGGCUGAAUCGCAUACCGAAGAUAGCCGCUGACGACCCCGAGAGAUCGAAUAAAGCCGCACACAUCCUAGAACACCUGGCACGAUUUCACUCUACUCUCUGA